AUGAAAUGUGGCUCCCGCUUUGCCAUCUGUGGCGUCAUGCUGCUACUCUUCCCCUUGUAUCUCUUGAAGGUCCACCUUGAGGACCUCUGCAAUCAAUAUCGCGCGGGCGCGUAUCUCACCGAAUGGUACCACUCCAGGUAUCGUGACCCUUCCGGUGCCCCGCAAGGAUGGAAGACUCCGUCCCCGGGAGAGUCCAACGGUGACAAGGUCAUCGUCAUGGCCAAGCUUGAGGAGGAGCCCACGGAUUGGGUACAAGAAGAAUUGCCCGACUGGCAACGCGCCAUCUACAUCGUCAACCCCUCUCGCUCCACCGCCGACAACGAACACAGCCUCACCACCCCCUUCAACAAAGGUCACGAAGCCAUGGCCUACCUAACCUACAUCAUCGACCACUACGACCGCCUCCCUGCCACCAUCGCCUUCCUCCACUCCCACCGCUCCGGGUUCGUCCUCGCCUGGCACGUCGACGCGCCCCUCCACGACAAUGCCGUCGCUAUGCGCGCCCUACAGCUUGACUUUGUCCAGCGCAACGGCUACGUGAAUCUGCGCUGCAACUGGAACCCGGGGUGCAAAGCCGGCCACCGCCGCAACGCCCACGUCACAGAGCAAGUCUUCGAGGAGAUCUUCGAGGGCACCAGCACCCCCCCUAUAAACGCGACGGGUCUCUCCGCGCUGGCCGACAACCCGUCGUUAUCCGUCAACCCGCCACAGCGCUUCCUCCGCAUGCCCGAGCAAGUCGGCGCCGCCUGCUGCGCGCAGUUCGCCGUCUCGCGCGAUCAGGUCCGCCAGCGGCCGGUCGACGACUACGUCAAGAUCCGCCAGUGGGUGAUCGACACGGACAAGAACGACGCCAAGAGUGGUCGGGUCAUGGAGUUCCUCUGGCAUGUCAUUUUCGGCCGGGAGUCGGUUUAUUGUCCGGAUGAAGAGCUCUGCUACUGUCAAGUUUAUGGACAGUGCUGA